AUGACUGAUAGGCUGGAAAUCCGGUGCGAGUCUCAUACCGUAUACAUUAAUAACUACAAGCAAACUCUUCCCAGAGCUGAGCUGUUGCAGUUGGUGAAAGGUUAUCGGAAUGAAAAGACGCUAUAUCUAGCAGAUUGCCUCUUUGAAGAUCUGCAAAAGGUGGACGAAUUAAUUGAUAUGUUUCCACACCUAACUGCAUUACAUACCCGCAGUGUGAACGUCACAACACCCAAAGAGGCACAGGGUAAAAAUACGCGACCCCUCGUUGAGGUCUACCUCCGAGAGCUGUUGGCCAAAAUUAAGGAGGUCUUUGGAUAG